AUUUUCCCUCGCACGCGCUCAGAUUCAAUAAUUCAAAUUCUCUCCCUGCUAGAAAAGGGUUUUCUCAUCGAACUGCUGCAUUCCUUUCAUUUUCUGAUUCUGAUUCGCCAAUCCUUUCCACCAAAUAGCAUUUUGUGUUUUGUACAACAGUGGAGGAAAUGGAGAAAGUUUAUGAAGAGCUGGAUGAGGUCAAAGCGGAGAUAGAGAAGCUCAGAGAUGAAUGUCGAGCCAAAACUGAGCUAUGUGGGAGUCUGAAGAAGGCUCAUGUUGAGCUAGCAGCAAAACUUCAAGAAGCCAGGUUGGAGAUUGAAAGACAAACCAAGGAACUGUGCGUCAAGUCCAAGGAGAUCUUUGAGGUGAGGCAGCUUUAUGAGGAAAUCAAGUCCAUUUUACAUGAAAAGGAAUCGUUUCUCCAGAGUCUUAGUUCUGCUAAUCAAAAGCUGAGAGUGGAUUACUGCGAGAAAAUCGGAAAAUUGGAGGGGGAAAAUAAAGAACUAGUGUUGGCUUUAGAUGAAGCAACAACUAAGAUUCAAGAACUGGAGAGAAAGGUUUGUGCCAGUGACAAAGAAAUCAAUGCUCUCAAGGAAACUUUAUCAGUCAGAAAGGAGAAGGGUGUCGAAGCCCAGCUGAAUGUCCAGGCAUCUAGAGAGCUCAAAGAGGCGAAUGAGGUUAUCCAAAAGCUUGAGGAACAUAAUAGGAUUGCACAAGAUCAGCUGAAAUGGAAGAAUGAGCACUUCACACACCUUGAAGAAGCUCACAGAAGGCUUCAUGAUAAUUUCCAGACAAGUAAGGCUGAAUGGGGAAAGGAAAAAUCAGAACUGCUUGAAGAGAUUUCUUCCUUGCAGACAAGCUUAGAUUCCCAGAUUAGAAUCUCACAAGAUCUUGAGACUCAGUUGAGGCUCUGUAACCAAGCUUUAGCUCAUGAGGAAAGCAGAAGAAAGGUUCUCGAAGUGGAAGUGUCUGACUUCAAAUCUCGAUGUGAUGACAUCUUGCUAGAAUGCCAAGAAACUAAAUCAAAGCUUGAGCAUUUGACCUUCAAGAGAGAUGAAGAAAUUGGAGAACUUCGAAACUUACUAAGAACAAAAGAAACUCUGUUCAAGGAAAUGAAAUUCAGGGCUUCACAGCUAGAGCAAGAGAAGUUGGAUUUAUGUGCAUCUCUUAAGGAGCUUCAAGAUACAAAACUCAAUGACGCUGCUGCCAGCUCUUCUCUGAAAAAACUGCAAACCAGAUUUAACUCACUGGAGCAGUUGCACAGUAAGUACUCCCUUCAAUACAAAGAAAAGGAAGCUAAAUUGAGUUCUGAAAUUGAAAAGUUGACAGAAGAUGUGAAACAAUGCAUGUCUGAGCUAAAGGUUAAAAGUAAACGAAUUGAAAAGUUAGAGAAGGAGCUAGAGGGCUGCCAAUAUUCAAUGUAUGUUCAAAAUGAAGAAACUUCCAUAUUAAUGCUUGUGUUGCAGUCUGAAUUCCCUGUGGCCAGAAAGAAGCUCUCAACUGGAAUUGCAGAAUUGGAGUUGCACAAUAAGGAGAAGGACAACAAAAUUGUUCUUCUUAAAGAGCAGUUGGAAUCAAUUGAUAUUGCACACAAUAAAGUUUGUGCUGAUCUAAAAGAAAAAUGUGAAGAAACAAUGGCCCUAGAGGCAGAAAUCAAAAGGUAUAAAGAAAUGGUGGAAGAAUUAGCUGAGUACAAACUUCGCACCAAUAAAGAAAUGCUGCAAAUGGAAAAUGCUCUCCAAGAAAGCAAAGGUGCUUCUGAGGCUUUAGAAAAAGCUAACCUUGAUUUGGCCGAAAGAACAAGUGAACUCAUGGAUAGUAAACUUGAAGCAGAGAAGUGGAAAUCUGUGGCAGAGCAUCUGAAAGCAGACCUUAAAAAGAACCAGCUAGCCUAUGAAAAGGAGAAUGAGAGUCUUUGUGGCAUUGUAAAAGAGCAAGAAUCCAAGAUAACUGAUAUGCAACUAAAGAUAUCAGAACUGGAGUUGGUGGCAAUUUCAAGAGCAGAGGCUGUGGAAACUUUAAAGAAAGAAAAUAUUCUGUACUUUGAAGUUGUGGAAGAUAAGGAUGGCAACAUCAAAAAUCUUCAACAUGAAAUCACUCAGUUGAAGCAAGAAUUGGCUAGUAGUGAACUGAAAAAUGAGCAUGCAAAAUCAGAUGCCCUUCUGGUGUUUGAGAAAGAGAAGCAGAAUCUUUUGAUGAUUCUGAAAGUGAGAGAUGAAAGAAUUCAUGAUCUUAUGGAGCAGGCAAAAGUUUUAGAGAAAAAUCUAGAAACUGCAGAAACUGUUGUCAUAGAAAAAGAGAACUUGCUUAGUGAAACUCUGCAGAAGGCUGAGAGUUCAAAAAUUCUUGAGGUUGAAUCAAAAAACAAGGUGAUUGCUGAAUUGGACAUGAAGGUUAGUGAUUUGCUUCAGAAACUGGAAUUCCAUGAAAAAUCCUUGUUGAAUUCAAACAAGAAGGUGGAGGAGCUCGACACUAUGUUGGAAGCAAGCAAAGUGGAAUUAGAAGAACUGAAAACUCAAUUUGGUAUGGAGCAGAUGAGACUUGAGGGUAGAAAUGAGGAGCUUGAGUCCCAGAAAAAUGAUCUGCUCCAUGAAACCCAGAAACUAUCACAUGACAGGGAUAGUUUAUUACUGCAAUUGGAUGGAAUGUGCACAAGAUUUGACAAGUCUUUGGAUGAAGAUGAUGAACUUGCUAAAAUUUUGGGGAAAAUGUUGAAGCAUUCUGAAGGCAAAAGUGAUCUUGAUAUCAAUCAUAUUAUGAGGGAUGAUAAUUAUACUUGUGGAACUGUAAAAACAACCCUCUUACUGGCUAGGAAAGGACUUGACCAACAAAUGGAUGAAAGAGUUCCUUUGAAGGAGCUGAACUAUUAGGAUUUCUUGCGGGCAGGUAAUAGCUGGUUACUCCACCAAGUCAAGCUAGAAAUUCCACAAAGCUUCUUUUGUGGACAUCAAACAUUCUUUCAAAAUGUGGACAGCUUCUUGUAUGUCAUUCUGUUUUGAGCAAUGAUCAUUUGCUUUCCAUUGUAAUGACUUGAGACUGAUUUCUUUGUUGUUUAUCAAAGAAGUGUUUGUGUCAA